ACAUAUUUAUAGAUGAUAAAUAAUGUCUGUUCGGGCUGUUGCAGUUAGAUCUCGAUCUACAGAGAAUGUGACGGACUGUGUCUCCGGACUAGGACGGGAAGCUCCGCUCUGGGUUCCAGAUUCAGCUAGUGCGUCCUGCCAGGAGUGCAGUAAAAUAUUCUCUUUUCUGGUCAGGCGACACCACUGCAGGAGCUGUGGUCGUCUUCUGUGUAGUCCCUGUUCUAGCUACACAUCUCCCCUACAGUAUCUAAACUGGGUUAUCGCUAGGGUAUGUUUAUCCUGUAAAGAAAACCUAGAUUCACCCUCCAGACCUCAACGCAGAUCCAGGAGUCUUACGGGCAUCUCAACUCAAGAGGAGAAUAUAUCUAAGCUUGUCAGAGAAAUGCAGAUGGAAUCAUUCAGACAAAGGAGUUUGGAAGGUCUAAGGUCGGAUUCCCCUAUAUCCUCCUUACCUAGAGAAAUCCUCUCCAAAAUUUUAAACCUUCUCGGACACUCAGACAAGAAGGUUUGCAGGAGUGUUUCACAGUUCUGGAUGCAGGUUAUUGAAACUUCUAGUUUCUAUAGGGAAAGUUCAGUUCAUUUCAAGGAUAUUAGUCCAGAGAGAUUUAAACAAGAGUCAGAGAUAUUUAAUUCAGCACAGUUUGAUAACUUUAGAUUUAGUCGGUUAACACUGUCUCCGAACUUCAAAGUCUGGGAGGAGAUAGGAGACAGGAUAAAAAUCUUUGAACUCUUCGAAUGCGAAAUAACCGAGCGCGAGCUGACCUACAUCCUUCUGAGUCUGCGAAACCUACGAGGAUUAGCUGUAGUCAACUGUAGAGAUGUUUUCAUGUCCGGGACGUUUCUCUCCAGUCUACCGGAGAAGGAAGAGGUUUAUAGAAACUUAAACCAGCUCCGAUCCUUGAAACUAGACAAUAAUAAAUACUUGAGUGAUGUUCUUCUCAUGAGGAUUACAGAGGCUGCUCCGAACCUUAAAAGUCUAAGCUUGUCAGGAUGCAAUAUAAUGAAUGAUGCCGGGAUCUACUUGAAGCACUACCCUGAGUCCCAGGAGAUACACGCUAGUCCGUCCGUUCUUACCUGGAGGAUCCUUGUCAAGGUUGUGCAGAAGUUGGCCUCCACCCUCACCUCCUUAGAUAUCUCCAAGAAUACCGGCGUCGACCUCUUAAUGCUUGCAGCAGUUUAUGGACUCAACCUAACCAAGCUCAAUAUUUUAUCCUGUGGGUCCGUAACACAGCCGGGACUGAUGAGGAUUCUUAUCUCCAAUCCAAAUCUGAGAACGCUUAACCUCGCCUGCUGCCGUCGCGUAUUCUCCGGUCUCCCUGACGGAACAGUCACCAUCUUCAAUGAAAUGAAAGUUAACGAAAUCAAUCUCUCUCAGCUCUCUAUCCCGUACUUCAGAUCUAUUGGAACAUUGAAAGGAUUGAAGAGUUUGGAGAUUAAUGAGUUGGAUUCUCCGGGUUCGGAGAUACUGAAAGGAUUGGAGGGUCUUGAGACAACUUCUCUUUUAACCUUGAAAGCGAGAUGUCUCGGAGUUCCAGUUCAGGAUUUAACCGAGGUUAUAAUGAAGAAGGAUUUCUCCAGGUUACGUAGACUAGACUUGAGCAUUGGAGGAGAUAAUACAGUUACAGAUAAACUCGUACAGGUUAUAUGCUCCAAGAUGCAAGGUUUGACUCAUUUAAACCUCUCCAACAAUCCUCGAAUCUCCGAUAUCGGGACUCUCGGUCUCUCCUUGGAGAACCCGGCCUCCAACUCCGUCUUAGAGAUGAAGGAGCUUAUGUACAAGAAGAACAAGAUCCCUCUGGGUUCGCGGCAGGAGAAUGAGAUCAGGUUGGCUGGACUCAGACGGGAGAUUAUGACUGAGUCCCUGCUGGAGGACGGUAUGCUAGAGUCAGGACUGUUUCUUCUCUCCCGUCUCCAGGAGCUUAAUCUGAGUCUCACCAGUGUAUCCAGCCUUACACUCAAGCUUGGAGUAAAUGCUCCGGAUCUGCGAAGUUUCUGUCUAGAUAACUGCUCUGCUAUCGACGACUCUGGUCUAUAUGAUUUCGCCAUUCGUCACUCGCACCUAGAGAAACUGCAGCUUGGUUCAACCAGGGUAACGGAUACAGGACUUAUUUCCUGCCUGUCCUGUCUACCUAGACUUGUUCAUCUGGAUAUAUCAUCCUGUCAGGACGUGACCAGUGCAGGAUUGCGAGCCGUUGGCCAGGUUUCUCCUCAGAUAGAAACCCUUCUUCUCUCCAACUGUUCGAAUAUAAGUGUUGAGGCUGCUAGGACGGUUGAACUAUCUCUACCCAACCUCAAACAUAUUCAAACUCUUGGCCUUCUUAGUGAACGCAGGGCUUUUCCAAGUCACUACAACUCUCAGGCUCCUCCUCCACCGCCACCACCACGAAGAAACUAGUCUCUCACCCCUCUUCGUCAACCUAGAAACUUCAUCCAUCAACCUUUCUUAUUCCUACAGUUCAAGUCCUUCAUUAUUGAUACAUCCAAGAACACUUCCUUAAUCCACCCUACUCCUACGCUUUAGUUAGAUCUCCUAAAUACCCUCUUGACCCUUCCCUAGCCCAUCCUGCUCCUCCAGUUCAAGUCAGAUCUCAUAAUACCUCCCUAGAACCUCCCUUAACCCAUCCUGCUCCUCCAGUUCAAGUCAGAUCACAUAAUACCUCCCUAGAACCUCCCUUAACCGAUCCUGCUCCUCCAGUUCAAGCCAGAUCUCAUAAUACCUCCCUAAAACCCCUCCAACCCAUCCUACUUCUUAUCCUUCAAAUUAGAUCUUAUAAAUACCUCUUUAGAACCCCUCCAACACAUCCUUCUCCUCCAGUUCAAGUCAGAUAUUAUAAAUACCUCCCUAUAACCUUCCUAAAUCCAUCCUACUUCUCCAGUUCAAAUCGGAUCUCAUAAAUACCUCAGUAGAACCCUCCAUAGCUUAUCCUACUUCUCCAGUUGAAGUUGAUCUCCCCCCCUCCCCAACCCAUCCUACUCCUCCAGUACAAAAUGGCGCUACAAGAUAUUAACUCAAAUUAUUUAAUAUCAAUUUAUAGAGAUACAAGAAUUUUGGAAGAUCGGGGGUAAAAUUAAAAAUUAAAAAUUAAAAAGCAGUUUGUCAUCCUCCUUCAUACUUUUUACCCUAAAAUUUGCGUAUUUUCCCCCAAUUCUUCCAAUACAACGUACCCUAAAAAAAUAUGCACUGCACCCCUGAGAUUGUAAAUACUUUUCAGAAGUAAUUUUAUUGUGGCUUAUGAACUUAGUCAACCUUAAUGCAUAAUACGCACGCAAACUUUGUACUUUCCACUUGCUAGCUAAAAAAAACUUAAAUUUACAAAAUAUAUUAUUAUAAAGUUUUA